GACGGACGGGCGCGCGGCCCCGGCGGCUCCCGUCUGAGGCGGCGGACGAGGCUCGGCGGGGAGGAGGCGGCGACGCAGGCGGAGGAGGCGGCGGCCGCCGGGGACCCGCUCGGCGCCUCGGCCCCGUGCCCCGUCCCCAGCCCGUGGUCGCUCGCGCUCGGCGGGCCGGCGCCUCGCCUCUGCGCGCGGAGAUGGUGUAGCCCGGCCGCCCGAGCAGGAGCCGCCUCUGCUCGCGCGUCCCCGCGGCGUCCGCCUCCCCGCCUGAGAAGAGACCCUCCGCUCGGCGUCUCCCGCGCCGGAGAAGCCUCGGCGCCGCCGGCACCAUGAGUGAACAGAGUAUCUGUCAGGCAAGAGCUGCUGUGAUGGUUUAUGAUGAUGCCAAUAAGAAGUGGGUGCCAGCUGGUGGCUCAACUGGGUUCAGCAGAGUACACAUAUAUCACCAUACAGGCAACAACACAUUCAGAGUUGUGGGCAGAAAGAUUCAAGACCAUCAGGUUGUGAUAAACUGUGCCAUUCCUAAAGGGCUGAAGUACAAUCAAGCUACACAGACUUUCCACCAAUGGAGGGACGCUAGACAGGUGUAUGGGCUCAACUUUGGCAGCAAAGAGGAUGCCAAUGUCUUCGCAAGUGCCAUGAUGCAUGCCUUAGAAGUGUUAAAUUCACAGGAAGCAGCCCAGAGCAAGGUUGCUGCUACCCAGGACAGCACUAACUUGCGAUGUAUUUUCUGUGUGUUCUAUUUAGGGCCAACAUUGCCUAGACAAAAUUCACAGCUACCUGCUCAAGUUCAAAAUGGCCCAUCCCAGGAAGAGUUGGAAAUCCAGAGAAGGCAACUGCAAGAACAACAGCGACAGAAGGAGAUGGAGAGGGAAAGAAUGGAGAGGGAAAGGUUGGAGAGAGAACGACUAGAAAGAGAGAGGCUAGAGAGGGAGCGCCUGGAACAGGAGCAGCUGGAGCGGCAGCGGCAGGAAAGGGAGCACGUGGAGCGACUGGAGAGGGAGAGGUUGGAGCGCCUGGAGAGAGAGAGGCAAGAGCGGGAGCGAGAGCGCCUGGAGCAGCUGGAGCGGGAGCAAGUGGAGUGGGAGCGAGAGCGCAGAAUGUCCAAUGCUGCUCCAUCUUCAGACAGCUCCCUGUAUAGUGCUCCACUUCCUGAGUAUUCCAGUUGCCAGCCUCCUUCAGCACCUCCUCCAUCAUAUGCUAAAGUCAUCUCAGCUCCGGUGUCAGACGCCACUCCUGAUUAUGCUGUAGUGACUGCUUUGCCACCUACUUCCACACCCCCUACACCACCACUGCGACACGCAGCGACACGUUUUGCAACAUCUCUAGGUUCAGCCUUCCACCCCGUUCUUCCCCAUUACGCUACAGUUCCUCGUCCUCUCAACAAAAACUCUCGACCUUCUUCUCCUGUGAACACACCCUCUUCUCAGCCUCCAGCUGCGAAGUCCUGUGCCUGGCCUACUUCCAAUUUCUCGCCCCUCCCUCCAUCUCCUCCAAUAAUGAUUAGCAGCCCCCCUGGCAAAGCUACCGGCCCACGGCCUGUCCUUCCCGUUUGUGUCUCCUCUCCUGUGCCCCAAAUGCCUCCGUCACCAACAGCACCCAAUGGGUCUCUAGACUCUGUAACAUACCCAGUGUCUCCACCGCCUACCUCAGGGCCAGCAGCGCCACCUCCGCCGCCACCGCCGCCGCCACCGCCACCACCACCACCGCCACCGCCGCCGCUGCCUCCCCUCGCCUCACUCUCACACUGUGGAUCACAGGCUUCUCCUCCUCCAGGCACCCCUCUUGCCUCAACUCCCUCAUCCAAGCCCAGUGUUCUCCCUUCUCCCUCUGCAGCUGCCCCUGCCUCUGCGGAGACCCCUCUAAAUCCUGAGCUGGGAGACUCCUCUGCUUCCGAGCCAGGCUUGCAGGCAGCCUCUCAGCCGGCUGAGUCGCCAACCCCACAGGGCCUUGUCUUGGGACCACCUGCACCUCCACCACCACCUCCUCUCCCAUCAGGCCCUGCCUAUGCCUCAGCACUUCCUCCUCCCCCAGGACCUCCUCCACCACCUCCACUGCCAUCUGCUGGGCCUCCUCCACCACCCCCUCCACCACCCCCUCUUCCUAAUCAAGCUCCUCCACCUCCUCCUCCACCUCCUGCCCCUCCCCUCCCUGCAUCUGGAAUUUUCUCUGGAUCCACGUCAGAAGACAAUCGCCCUUUAACUGGACUUGCAGCUGCAAUUGCGGGAGCAAAACUUAGGAAAGUGUCCCGGGUGGAGGAUGGCUCUUUCCCAGGUGGAGGGAAUACUGUGAGUGUGAGCUUGGCCUCAUCCAAAGCAGAUGCUGGUCGUGGGAAUGGACCUCUUCCUCUAGGGGGUAGUGGCUUAAUGGAAGAAAUGAGUGCCCUGCUGGCCAGGAGGAGAAGAAUUGCUGAGAAGGGAUCAACAAUAGAAACAGAACAAAAGGAAGACAGAAGUGAAGAUGCAGAGCCUAUAACUUCUAAGGCCCCAUCAACAAGUACACCUGAACCAACCAGAAAACCUUGGGAAAGAACAAACACAAUGAACGGCAGUAAGUCACCUGUCAUCUCCAGACGGGAUUCUCCAAGGAGAAAUCAGAUUGUUUUUGACAACAGGGCCUAUGAUUCAUUACACAGACCCAAAUCCACACCUUCAUCACAGCCGAGUGCCAAUGGAGUCCAGACAGAAGGGCUUGACUAUGACAGGCUGAAGCAGGACAUUUUAGAUGAAAUGAGAAAAGAGCUAGCAAAGCUGAAGGAGGAGCUUAUUGAUGCAAUCAGGCAGGAGCUGAGCAAGUCGAACACUGCAUAAAGAAGCAAGCUAAGGAGGGGCAGGACUUGAAUCUGGAGAAAACAAAAAUUCCUACAAACAACUCUUAACCCCCCAAACUUUUAAGCUGUAAGAAGAAAAUGGAUACACAGGAGGGAAAGCGUCAACCUCUGAAAGCUUCAGACAGUGACUCUGGCAAUCAGCUGUCCCCUCCAGUGUGCUGCUUUAUUCUGACCUUUACCACAGGAUGGAGAAUUAUAUUGGAGUUCCCUUAGCAGUACUAAACCUGUCAGGCAAGAUCACCGUGCAUUGAAAUAUUUUCAUGUCUAGAUGAGUCUGCACGUUUUCCAUAAUCCAUUGCUAAAAUAAAGACGAGAAAGGCUUAAGAGAUUUUUUUUUUUCCAGAGGGCGCUGAUGAAGAAUUUGACUUAGUAAGUUCUGCUGUUGCAUUGUAAAUGUUUCUCUCAGGUUUGUCUUCCUAUCAUAUUUGAUAUUCCGUGAACAGUUAAGAUCAUAAAGUAUGGAACAAACGGAAUUGUAUGUGCUUUCAAAGGGUGGUAUUUAUAAGAAAGGUCUGAAAAUGUUUAGUCCCACUUGAGGAAUUUUAGAAUGAUAGGAAGUCUCUCGGGUUAGCCUUCAUGCAAUUUUGUAGUUUAAAACAUAAAGUCCGUCCAGAAAUUAAAGAUUUAGAUGCCUUCCUAAAUUGUUACAAUGCUUUACCAAAUCUAUGACUUCUACAUAACCAACAGUGGUCAAAUGGAAAACAUUCUAUUAUAGAUUUACUGUAGGUUUUCAACCUUUUUUAGACAUAUGCAUGUGGACAUUUUUAUAAUGUAAUUACAAUCACCACAAAGUUAGCUUUUUUAAUUACAGACAAUAAUGCAUGUCACACUAAUAUGUAGUGGCCUUUUCAGGGCCUAGUCCCAGGGAAAAUAUUUUGUAGAAUAUAGGGAAGUGGGAGGAAGGGAAGGAAUAAUUUUUUAUUUAAAGUUAAUUUCUGCACUAUCUUUUUUCUCAGUUAUCUGCAUGGAAUUAUAAUGAAAAAUAUUUUGUGACUUUAAUCAGUAAACAUGUUAACAAAACCAAGUACUUAAUCUUUUACAUCAUGUCUUCAGCUAUUUGUAUUUUAACCAGCAAUUUCAGCAGUCUGAAACAUGAUUCACAUGAGUACAUCUCACUGUGGAACUCAGAAGUUUGAUCACUGAGUUUGGCAGUUAUUUUCACUAGACGUUUGGGUACAUGCUCCUGACUCUGAAGCCGCUCCUUGACCUUUGUCGUGCUAAAAUACAAGAAAUAUCAAUAAUGGCAGCAACCAGGGUCACAGAAGUCACUAGGUAAGGGAGACCAAUGAGGAGUUCUGCAGCUUUCUUUUAAUAGAAAUAAAGUGAGGCUUAAGUGGUAGGGAGUGUCUACUGUUACACCCUGAGUGUGUGUGUCUGUCUGUGUGUGCGCGCGUGCACAUGCACGCGCACACACAGUGAGAGAGAGAGCGAGCGUGAGAGGGUGUGAUAGAUAGGUUCCACCUUUUAUGGAAAUUUAUAAUUGGCAAGAUUAAAAUAAGGGAGAAAAUUCUAUAUGUUGUAAUGUUAGCUUUUUGGAAAGUCUAGGAAAUCAAAAAUUCUCCAGGCUGUCCAUCAUGAUUUAUGCUUGAGUUAUUAAUGUGCCAUAUUUGCUUUGGAAUCUUUGGCUAUCAAAACUUUUACUAAAAAAUAGUAGAUACAAUCCACUUUCAUUUGCUUUCUAGAUUUCCUAUGUCUCAGCUGUAAAGCAAAGCUUGAUGAGAGUAGUUUUCUAAAUACUGCAUUUUGCAGCUAACCCCUACUGCAGAGCUGUUUGAAUGAGGGGGUUUUGUUAAGACUGUCUUGUUUCUGUAGAAACUUCAUCUUUAGAUUAAAGUGUGAGGGAUGAGCGAUCAUAAGUCAACUCCGUGGCUUUCUCUACCCAUCAGUCGUUGUCUCGCAGGAAUAGUAAAGGCAUUAAAGAUGCGGCAAGUGUGUACACUGUGCUAAAAGAAGUAUGCAUCUUGUUUACUAUUGAACGUUUGAUUAUGUCACUACUUUGAUUGUGUACAUGUACAUCCCUUACAGAUCUGAUCAAAAAUGGCUUUUCAUUUUGUUGCUAAAGUUAAAUAGUCUGUAGUACGUAGAGUACUGGGUCUAGAUGGUCCAAAGUGAGACAGAAAUGCUGAAGUCAAAUGCUAAGUCCUAAACAAAGCUGGUUUAUGCACUAAACGUUUUGUGCCUUGGUCUAAUAUUUAACACAAUGUCUGUAAAAUGACAAAAAAGAAAAAAAAAAGAAAAAAGAACUGACAUUGGCUCAUGCUGUAUCUGUAUCCUCCAUGAUAGUGUGUUAUCCCACAUGACUAAAUGUGCUCCUCCCUGGAAGCUUCAGUGGACUCUAUACAUUCACUGUCAUCCAGGACAGUCGUGUCAUCGCUAGAGAUUUCAGUGACUACAAUCAGAAGCUAAAGCUUGAGUUGUUUUCCCAAAACUGUCCCUUGGAACCAUAUUGUGACGAUGGGGUCUUGCUUCUGUGUUGACCGUCUUCAGCUGAGUCAGUUUAGGGAUCGUCUGUGAUAACAGGAAGGCUCUGCUCUCCUCAACACUGUGAUCUGACCUGCGACAACUCUACAAUACACUCUGAAUGGCUAGCACGUCCAUAGCAAACAAACUGAAUGUACAAACCUUAGCGUGGUGCUGAAAUCUCUUCAGAGUAGUAACCAUGAUCUCAAAGUCUGUUCAAAAUGUGUCAAUCAGAACUGAAGAUGAACCACUGAUGAAUGUUCGGUCCUCAUGCCGUAGGCGUGUUUCCUGUUUAAGUUUUCAGUUCUCUGCUGUUACCACCAUAACUGUUCCAGUUAACUCUCCUACACACUAACUUCAUUUGUGCGAUUGAAAUAAAAUUGCAGUAUGUACAUGUUUCUUGUUGUGACACUUAGAUGAUCUUCUGAAAUGAUGUGUUAAUUCUAAACCAAGUGAUACUGGGUGUGAAAUCAGCACCUUAGAAAGCCCAGGGCUUCACUGUUUACAGUUUAAACAUCAUGUCACUGUUCUUUAACGAUUUCAUCCAAGUCUGGCGUAGUAAAUAACAUGAAGGGAAUGUGUAA